AUGGGAAGGAUUCUGUGCGUCGCGGAGAAGCCGUCGAUAGCCAAAGCCGUCUCGCAGCACCUUUCAGGCCAGGACAAGCCGCCAUCUAGACCCGUCCGAGGGGCCCAGUACACCCACAACUAUGAGUUCUCGUACAACUUUGGUGGCCGAUGGGGCAAUUCUCAGGUCGUCUUCACAUCAGUUGCUGGUCACAUCACCGAGCAGGAAUUCACCGAAAGCCACCGCUCCUGGAGCUCAUGCCGUCCUGCACAGCUCUUUGACGCUCCCGUUGUAAAAAGCAUCCUUCAGGACAAGAAGUUAAUUGCCAACAACAUCCUGCAGCAAGCCAAGUAUUGCAAUACGCUCUUCAUCUGGACCGACUGCGACCGCGAAGGUGAGCACAUUGGCACCGAGAUCCGCGAUAUCGCGCGCAAGGCAAACAGCCGGCUGGAAGUCAAGCGCGCCAGGUUUAGCAACGUUGAAAGAGCCCAUAUUAUCAACGCUGCGCGGAACCCUAUUGAAUUGGACGAGAAACAGGCGAAUGCGGUUGCUGCGCGCAUCGAACUGGACCUUCGUAUCGGUGCGGCGUUUACAAGACUACAAACACUAUCGCUUCAGAACUUGAUAGCGCAUGUGCACGAAGGCGUCAUCAGCUAUGGCUCAUGUCAAUUCCCUACGCUAGGAUUCGUCGUGGACCGGUAUUUUCGCGUCAAGAACUUCGUCCCGGAAGCCUUUUGGAACAUCAAGGUUACACAUGUCAAGGAUGACAUCAGAAUCCCAUUUAGUUGGGCAAGAGUUCAUCUUUUUGACCGCAUGGCCGUCACGAUAAUUUUUGAGCGAUGUUUAACGGCACGCAAGGCAAAAGUCACUAAGAUGCAGAAGAAACCGACGAGCAAAUGGAGACCGCUUCCUCUAACCACUGUCGAACUGCAGAAGUUGGGUAGUAGGUUUCUCCGCAUGGACAGUCAGACUGUUAUGAAUGUUGCCGAGCAACUCUACACGAAGGGUUGGAUCAGCUACCCGCGCACAGAGACGGAUCAAUUUGACAGAGGAAUGGACCUCAGGAAGAUCAUCGAGAAGCAACAGCAAGACUCAGCCUGGGGCAAUUAUGCGCAAGGACUCAUGGCCGGCGGUUUCCGCCAACCUCGGAACGGACGUCAUAACGACAAGGCGCAUCCGCCUAUCCAUCCGGUCAACUACAUAGCGAAAGGCGCGCUUGAAAACGACAACCAACGACGCGUGUACGAAUUCGUUGUGCGACGCUUCCUCGCAUGCUGUUCCGAAGAUGCCCUCGGCGAAGCCACGGACGUGGAGAUCCAGUACGGCAGCGAGACAUUCCGCGCGCACGGCUUAACGGUACUCGAGCGUAAUUACCUGGACGUAUACCCUUACGAUAAGUGGGAAAGCAGCCAACAACUACCUCAAUUCACCGUCGGCGAGGAAUUUGAACCAACAGAGGCCAACAUGGGUGAGGGUAAGACAACACCGCCGGGCUAUCUGACAGAACCGGAGCUCAUCGCGCUGAUGGACGCCAACGGCAUCGGAACCGAUGCCACGAUGGCAGAGCAUAUUGCAAAGAUCAAGGAGCGCAAAUAUGUCAUGACUCAGAUAAGAGGCGGUGGGCGCGGUGCUGCUUCCGCAAACGAAGAAGGGAAUACUGCAACAGGUCGCGGCGGUCGCGGCGGCCGAGGAGGGGGCAGAGGCAGGGGUCGCGGUGGUGGGAGGGGUGGAAGCAAUGCAGCUAACGGCAGUGGUUGGAGUGGCGUACAGGAAUUCAUCCCAUCGACGCUGGGCGUGGCGCUUGUAGAGGGCUACGACAACGUGGGAUUCGAAACAAGCCUAAGCAAGCCGUUUCUACGCAAGCAGAUGGAGCAGGAGAUGCGGGCCAUCUGCGCGGGCACGACGACGCGCAACGACGUGGUGCAGCAGAGCCUCGAGCAGUACCGCGAGGUCUUUGUCCGCACACAACAGCAGAUCGACGCCCUCAAGAGCGCGAUGCGAAAGUAUGUCCUCGGGCAACAGGCGUGA